AACAUCGCGACUUCCACAAUCGACACCACGAACAUCAACACCUUUUCCGACCGCACAUACCGACGAAAUGGGUGACGCCGAUAUCACAACAAGCGCCUGGAGGCAGGUCGAGGUUGGCCGUGUGGUCCUCUUCAAUGAAGGCCAGUACGAGGGCCGGCUAGCCACCAUUGUCGAGAUCAUCGACCACAAGCGUGUUCUCAUCGAUGGUCCCUCCGAGAAGGCCCCCGUUCCCCGACAAGAAGUUGCGCUCGCGAAACUCUCUCUUACCCCGAUCGUCAUCCCUAAGCUGCCCCGCGCUACCGGUGUCGGCCACGUUGCGAAGAAGUGGGAAGAGGCCAAGGUCCAGCAGACGUUCGACGAGAGCGCCUGGGCAAAGAAGCGUGCGGCAGUCACGAAGAGGCGGGGACUGAACGACUUUGAGCGAUUCAAGGUCAUGAAGCUGAGGAAGCAGGCUCGUUUCGAGGUCCAGAAGACCUUUGCCAAGAUCCGCGCCAGUGCGAAGGCCUAGGUAGAUUAGAUGAUGUCGGGAGACACGGUGUGGUGGUGGUCGCUGCAUGCAGUGAAGCGAGGCAAUGAUGUGCAUUUUCAUGAGCAUUCCGAAGGCGACCCAAAGGCAUUCAAAAAUUCAAGACCUGGAUUCGGGUGAAUAAGUCCAAUGUUUGGCAUGGUGCAAUUCGGAUGGGAAGGU